GUCUAUAGGAGAGAGAGGGUCUUGAUGUGAAUUUUUCUUGAACUCGAAGAAGCUGCAACACUUAUACAGCCCUCACGUGGUUUACCUUUAGACACGAUCUUCUCUGUUACAGGCAGAUUAUUUUUUCGUUUCUGCUUUGUUUUUCAACAAAAUGCAUCUCCUUUCUAGCAACCUCGUAUAUAUUAAUCUAGUACUUAACCAGACUUACGUAACAAAGUAGAUAUCUGGAGUGAAGGAUUAGUACUAAACCGCCACCAUUUGUUUGUUGUUAAUCGAAGGAAGAAACAUUAUUGCCCCUUUUGAACCAGCCCCUCUGUGUAGUCAGUCAGUCAAAAUUCACAGGCUUUCUCUCUCCUCCCGCUGAUCGAUCUACCCCUCAUUCUCUCUCUAAAAAAUUUCUUGGGUUUGUGGGGAUGUGUCAGGUUGAAUGGAUUUCCUUGGCCUUUUCUUAAUGGUAGAUGGCAACGCUUUACUCUCUCUCUCUCUCUCCUCCUUUCUCUCUCUUUUCUUGUAGCUCCUCUCUCUCUCUCUCUCUCUCUCUCUUAAUUUUUCCAUGACUGUGGUAGGGUGCGGUGGGGUUAGUGACUUGCAUUAGUAGUUUUAGAUUUGAACUUUUAACUUUCAAGAUUUUUGAUGAUUUUAAGGGGGAGCUAGGCUUCAAUUGUGCCCUCUACAGAAUUUAGGGAAAGUGGAAAAAGGCACGAGAGAGAAAGAGAGAGAGAGAGAGAAAAUAUAUAUAAUGGUGAUUGGUGAUUACUGAUAAGAGGUGGCUGGCUUUCCCUCUCAAUAUCUGAAUUUGCAAUCUGCAUAUAUAUAAAGAUAGAUAGCCAAUUUGCAAAAAACAAGCCAUUAUAGAAACCAUGUUUGGGUUAAUAUCCCUCAAUCGGCAUUGAACACAACGUGUUCGAUGAAAAGAUUCAUACAUUGAUCAAACAAAGCUCAAGAAGUCAGAUUCAGAAAAGAAGCGUUUGUGUGUGUGUGUGAGGAGGCUGGGUGUUUGGUAGUUGCAUGGAUCUGACAAUAGCUAAGGAAGGUGGGUUGGGCAGCGGCAGCGUGAGCGCGCAGCGCGACUACAGAAAGGGGAACUGGAACCUUCAAGAAACGAUGGUGCUGAUUGAGGCGAAAAAAAUGGACGACGAGCGGCGGAUGAAGCGGGUGGGAGACAGCACGGAGAGGGGGAAGCCGGCGGAGCUGCGGUGGAAGUGGGUGGAAGAUUACUGCUGGAGUCACGGGUGUUUCAGGAGCCAGAACCAGUGCAAUGACAAGUGGGACAAUCUUAUGAGGGAUUUCAAGAAAGUGAGAGAGUUUGAGCGGAGAGGCGCCGACAAGUCUUAUUGGAGAAUGGACAAGCCUGAGAGGAAAGACAACAAUUUGCCCUCCAACAUGCUGCCGCAGAUAUACGAGGCGCUCCUCGCCGUCGUCGACAGGAAAGCUCCGCCGCCUCCCCCCCCUUUCUUACCGCAAUGUCCCAUUCUUCCCCCUCCGGCCAUUCUUCCGCCGCCGCCCACCUCUGCUCACCCAUUACCUACACCAGAUUCCGACACUAGUGAGUACUCGGGUUCACCAGCCAAGAGAAGAAAGAGAAGAGGCGGCGGAGGAGAAGGAACGAGUGGCGUCGCCGCAGCCACCACAUUGCAAGAAGUAGGGUCUGCAAUAUCGAAGAGUGCCUCCAUCAUAGCAGAAGCAAUUCAGUCAUGUGAGGAUAGAGAGGAGGAAAGGCACAAAGAAAUGGUGAAUUUGCAUAAGAGAAGACUGCAAAUUGAGGAAACCAAGGCUGAGAUGAAUCGACAAGGCAUUAAUGGGCUCGUCGACGCCAUUAACAAGCUCGCCAAUUCUAUGCUUGCUUUGGCAGGCCACACAACCCAACCCUCCUCAAAAUAAUCACAUAUAUUUAUAUAGUCAUUGCUAUUAAUGGUGCAUAGGUUUAGUGAUAGAGAUUAGAGAUUAAUUAUCUGUACAGACCAGAUGAUCAUCAUCUAUAUAUCUCCAUUGGUGGGCAUCUGGUUAUUUCAUGUUUAUUAGUGUGACUUUGGAUUUAAUUGUUGAUGGAUUAGGUGACGUCGUCUGAGAAUGUGGGUGUGACACGUGGCGUGGUGUGAGGGAAAAAGGUGAUGGUCAAAGAGGCUAGGAGAAAGAAAAUACUGGUCAAGAUUCAAGUGUGGAAACACUGCAACACCAUUGCAGAGUGGCCAUUUAUGCGUUAUUAUUGGUGUCAGCGUUGUUGUUUUGUCAAGGGCCUGCCUGCCUACACUCUCUCACUCACUGUUGUGUGUGUGAAAAUUAACAAUUUCUGUUUUUAAGAAGAAGAGAAAAGAAAAAGGCUUUUGCCCUUUCCCUUUCCC